CAUAAGGAGAAUAUUCCUUAAAACGAGACAUGAGGCGGUGCGAGGGUAGGGUUCAGAUUAAGAGACGGAGAGGUGGGUUUGUGGUUCCGUGGGCAAGAGUGCUGGGAAACUGAGCGGCUCUGGGGUGGUCGGACCGUGGCUGGCGCCUGGUACACGGAUGGUGAAUGUUAACCAGUGUCCCCUCUCACUGUGUCUGCCACCCUGAAGCCUGAAGCGCGCCGCGAUGUUGCCUCUCCUGCUGGCCGCUCUCUUCUCCCGGGUGCCGCCGGCGCUCCCGCAGAGACUCGAGCCCAUCUUCGCCGCUGCAACCGACUCCCUCCUGCCUCCCGAUUACGAUAACAACCCGACCCAGCUGAAUUACGGCGUGGCCGUGACUGAUGUGGACAACGACGGAAGUCUGGAGAUAGUGGUGGCGGGGUACAAUGGCCCCAACCUGGUGCUCAAGUACGACAAGGUCCGGAAGAGGCUCCGGAACAUAGCAGUAGACGAAUCGAGUUCCCCAUACUAUGCCCUCCGCGAUCGCCAGGGCAACGCUAUCGGUGUGGCAGCCUGUGACAUCGAUGGCGAUGGGAGGGAAGAGAUAUAUUUCCUCAACACUAACAAUGCCUUCUCAGGCAUGGCCACAUACACUGAUAAGCUCUUCAAAUUCCGAAACGGGAGGUGGGAAGACCUGCUGAGCGAUGACAUCAACGUCCGCCGACAGGUGGCCAAUCACUUCGCUGGGCGAUCAGUGGCAUGUGUGGAUCGAAAGGGCACCGGGAAAUAUUCUGUUUACGUGGCCAACUAUGCCAGUGGCAACAUCGGCCCUCAUGCGCUGAUAGAGAUGGAGGAAGCCAGCAGUAACAUCUCGAUGGGGGUCAUCGCACUUUCCAACGUGGCAGCAGAGGCGGGGGUUAACAAGUAUACAGGUGGCCGUGGUGUGGCAGUCGGGCCCAUCGUCAGCUCCCAUCACUCCGACAUCUUCUGUGAUAACGAGAAUGGACCCAACUUCCUGUUCAAGAACAAUGGAGACGGCACCUUCACAGACAUUGCAGCAGAGGCCGGAAUUGAUGAUCCUCACCAACAUGGUCGUGGACUGGCCCUGGCAGACUUUAACAGAGACGGGAUGGUGGAUAUAGUCUACGGUAAUUGGAUGGGACCUCACCGCUUCUAUCUACAGACCAUCGUGAAUGGAAAAGUCCGCUUUAGGAACAUCGCCACGCAGAAGUUUGCACUGCCCUCUCCGGUUCGGACCGUGAUCUCAGCUGACUUCGACAACGACCAAGACCUUGAGGUGUUCUUCAACAACAUUGCAUAUAGGGGGUCCUCAGCCAAUCGUAUCUUCAGGGUCACCCGACGUGAAGGAACAGACCCACUGUUAGAGGAGGCCAACGCUGGAGAUGCCACAGAACCAACUGGACAAGGGACAGGUGCCGUGGCGACGGACUUUGAUGGAGACGGGAUGCUGGACCUCAUCAUCGCCCACGGAGAGUCCAGGGCUCAGCCACUCUCCAUCUUUAAGGUGACCCAGGGGUUCGGCAACAACUGGCUGCGGGUGAUGCCACGCACCAGGUUUGGGGCGUUUGCUCGAGGCGCAAAGGUGGUAUUGUACACCAGGAGAAGCGGGUCCCACCUUCGCAUCAUCGAUGGGGGCUCGGGCUAUCUGUGUGAGAUGGAACCAGUCGCCCACUUCGGACUGGGGACGGACGUGGCCACUCACCUGGAGGUGACCUGGCCAGGAGGCGCAUUCACCUCCCGAGGCAUCUCCCUCGGUGACAUGAACUCUACCAUUGAAGUGCUGUUUCCAGGAAAUGGAGGAGAAGUCAGCAACCUGGAAAUUGAGUGUGGACGAGGAUUUACCACUGACGGAAGAGGUCGCUGUAUUGACGAGGACGAGUGUGGCAGCUUCCCACUGCCCUGUCCCAGCGACAGGCCCGUCUGCAUCAACAUGUUCGGGAGCUACAGGUGUCGCCCCAACCGGAGGUGCAAUCGGGGCUACGAGCCCAACGAGGACGGGACGGCAUGUGUAGCCCAGCCGUCGGGUCGCCCUUCGUCUGGAACCUCCCCUCUGACCUUACUAUCAUGGAUGACCCAACCCAGAGGGAAACGCCAGCGGCUAAACUCCACACGGCAUUGCUCUCAGGAUCUCAGGAGCUCACAGGCCUCUCUGCCAUGAUAUGGUGAUGAUCCUCGGAGAAAUCAGUGACUGUUGGCCCACAAAGCUGUGCCGAACAUGUCUCUACCUUAGAACUGCCUAGGCUUUACCCAUAGCCCUCUAUUUUUCUAAGCUCCAUGUAGCCAUCCAGGAGUCUCUUAAAAGAUCCUGUCAUAUCCGCUUCCACCGCUGCCGCCGUCAGCCCAUUCCACACACUCACCACUCUGCGUAAAAAAACUUACUCCUGAUAUCUCCUCUGUACCUACUUCCAAGCUGUGUCCUCUCGUGCUAGCCAUUUCAGCCCUGGGGAAAAGCCUCUGACUAUCCAUAGAACCAUAGAACAUUUCAGCACGUAAAUAGGCCUUUUGGCCCUUCUUGGCUGUGCUGAACCAUUUUUCUGCUUAGUCCCACUGACCUGCACCUGGAAUAUAUCCCUCCAUAAACCUCUCAUCCAUGUACCUGUCCAAGUUUUUCUUAAAUGUUAAAAGUGAGGCCACAUUUACCACUUCAUCUAGCAGCUCAUUCCACACUCCCACCACUCUCUGUGUGAAGAAGCCCCCCUUAAUGUUCCCUUUAAACUUUUCCCCCUUCACCUUUAACCCAUGUCCUCUGGUUUUAUUCUCCCCUAGCCUCAGUGGAAAAAGCCUGCUUGCAUUCACUGUAUGUAUACCCAUCAUAAUUUUAUACACCUCUAUCGAGUCUCCCCUCAUUCUCCUACGCUCCAGGGAAUAAAGUCCUAACCUAUUCAACCUUUCUCGGUAACUCAGUUUCUCAAGUCCUGGCAACAUUCUUGUAAACCUUCUCUGCACUCUUUUAACCUUAUUAAUAUCCUUCCUGUAAUUCAGUGACCAAAUCUGCAGACAAUACUCCAAAUUCAGCUUCACCAAUGCCUUAUACAACCUCAUCAUAACAUUCCAACUCUUAUACUCAAUACUUUGAUUUAUAACAGCCAAUGUACCAAAAGCUCUCUUUACAACCCUAUCUACCUGUAACGCCACUUUUAGGGAAUUUUGUAUCUGUAUUCCCAGCUCCCUCUGUUCUACUGCACUCCUCAGUGCCCUACCAUUUACCUUGUAUGUUCUACCUUAGUUUGUCCUUCCACACGAUCAAUGCCUCUCAUUAUCUUGUACACCUCCAUCAGGUCACCUCUCAUCCUCCGUCACUCCAAGGAAAAAAGGCCGAGUUUACUCAACCUAUUCUCAUAAGGCAUACUUCCCAAUCCAGGCAACAUCCUUGUAAAUCUCCUCUGCACCCUUUCCAUGGUUUCCACAUCCUUCCCACAGUGAGGUGACCAGAAUUGAGCACAAUACUCCAAGUGGGGUCUAACCAGCAUCCUAUAUAGAUGCAACAUUACCUCUCAGAUCUUAAACUCAAUCCCACGAUUGAUGAAGGCCAAUGCACCAUAUGCCUUCUUAACCACAGAGUCAACCUGUGCAGCAGCUUUGAGUAUCCUAUGGAUUCAGUCCCCAAGAUCCCUCUGAUCCUCCACACUGCCAAGAAUGUUACCAUUAAUACUAUAUUCUGCCUCAUGUUCUCUCUUUAUACUGUGAACCAUUGCAAGCUGGAUAGAUAAAGAUAAGGACAAUCCAUGAAACAGCAGAGACAGAAAUACAGAAACACCGCUAGUAAAAUUGAGUGAAAAUCUACCAAAAAUUCACAAACAGGUGCUCAUAUAAACCAAGAAGCAAGCAUAACAAAUGUAAAACGGCAAGAAGUUUAAGCUCAAGUUCAAGUUUAAUUGUCAUUCAACCAUACAUGAAUAUCCAUGAGCACAGCCAAAUGAACAGUGUUACUCCAGGGCCAAGGUGCAAAACAAAUUACCAACAGCAAUACACAGCACGAAGGACACAUAUAGCACAUAUAAGAUAGCAGUAAAAUAGAGUCACACAAAAAAUAUAUAAUCCAAGUCCCUGGGUCCACAAAUGUUGCAGCAGUGUUCAGUUGAACUCAAUACAGCUUUCCUUUCACUGAGCAAACACUGGAGGGCAGCACCAAUGACAGCACCAAUGACAGCAUGCCAAUGACACCAAUGACUCUGCCGCUUGAGGCCAAGUCCUCACUGCAACCAAGGCCAUGCAGCUCCCCUUCCCUCAGUCCCCCCAAAUGAGUUGAAUUGACUGUAUUUCUUACAUCUGUUACAUACAUGAGGAGUAAAAAUCCAUUAUGUUUCAUCUCCAUCUAAAUGUGCAAUCAUGGUAAUUUAUAAUGAAUAGAACAGUCAAUGUAAUAUAGGGUAUACUCAAAUCAGUGUGAGUUCAUCAGUCUGAUGGCCUGGUGGAAGAAGCUGUCCUGGAGCCUGUUGGUCCCGGCUUUUCUGCUGCAGUACCACUUCCUGGAUGGUAGCAGCUGGAAUAGAUUGUGGUUGUGGUGACUUGGGUCCCCAAUGAUCCUUCUGGCCCUUUUUACACACCUAUUCUAGUAAAUGUCCUGAAUCAUGGGGAGUUCACAACUACAGAUGCAUUGGGCUGUCCACACCACUCUCUGCAGAGUCCUGCAAUUGAGGGAGGUACAGUUCCCAUACCAGGCAGUGAUGCAGCCAGUCAGGAUGCUCUCAAUUGUGUCCCUGCAGAAAGUUCAUAGGAUUUGGGGGCCCAUACCAAACUUCCUCAACCGUCUGAGAUGAAAGAGGCACUGUUGUGCCUUUUUUACCACACAGCUGGUGUGUACAGACCACGUGAGACCCUUGGUGAUGUGGAUGCCAUAGAACUUAAAGCUGUUUACCCUCUCAACCCCAGAACCAUUGAUGUCAUUAGGGGUUAGCCUGUCUCCAUUCCUCCUGUAAUCCAGAACCAGCUCCUUUGCUUUUGCGACAUUGAGGGAGAGGUUGUUUUCUUGACACCACUGAGUCGGAGAGAAUACUACUUCCCUGUAGGCCACCUCGAUAUUGUUUGAGAUGAGGCCAAUCAAUGUAGUGUCCUCAGCAAAUUUAAUUAGCAGAUUAGAGCUGUGAGUGGCGAUACAGUCAUGGGUAUACAGAGAGUAAAGGAGGGGACUUAGUACACAGCCCUGAGGGACUCUUGUAUUGAGAGUCAGUGAACUGCAGCAUUCCACAUUACCAAUGCCCAACAGAGUCUUGCAUUCUCAAUAAGAGCGGCUAAAACAAUCACUCACUGUUAGACUGCACAUUGCCUUCAUACUCUGACUCCAGUCCACACCAGCCAGCUCCUUCAGUUUCCUGCAAAAGUGUAACUCACUAACAGGGUGGACUGGCAAUACUUUAAGUUCUGAAUGUGCAGCAAGGUCUUGCAAUUGUAAGAAUCUGUUUAGGGAAGACAACGCCUUUGGUUGGCCCUGUAGAAGCCACUGCGUCUGAGAACACCGCCAUCUUACCAGAGACCGAAUAACCGAAGAACAAUGACAAUUUAGACCUGAGUCCAACGAGUUGUAUUUUACCAUUCUCCAGCAGAGGACAUCUGCUGUUCCUGUGAGAUGAUGGAGUUGAUUUUGAAGUGCCUUAGGUGAUCACAAGGAUUGAAUCAGUUUUAUUAUCACUGACUCAGAUAACAUGAUAUUUGUUUUGCGGCAGCAACACUGUGCAAAGACAUAAAAUGGCUAUAGCUUUCAAAAUAAAUAAAUAACGCAAAAGAGGAACGAUGAGGUGAUGUUUAUUGGUUCAUGGAAAUCUGAUGGGGAAGAAGCUGAUACUAAGUUGUUGAGUGUGGGUCUUCAGCAUCCUGUAUCUCCUCACUGAUGGUAGCAAUGAGAAGAGGGCAUGUCCUGAAUGAUGAGGACCCUUGGUUGACGGAUGCCUCUUUCUUGAGUAACCGCCUUUUGGAGAUGUCUUUGAUGCUGGGGAGGGUUGUGCCAGUGAUGGAGCAGGCUGGGCCUACAAUCCUCCAUCGCCUUUUCUGAUCCUGCACAUCAGGGCCUCC